CUUGGAAACACGUUUUUUCUGUCGCUAUUAUUACUGUGUAAUAUCUAUUUAUUAUGGAUUCAUCUUUCUAUCCCGAAAUUGAAGAAAACUACGGAAUAGACAUGUCUGAAUAUUACAUCGAUAAAAAUUCUUUUAACCCAAUCGUAUAUAUUCACAAAAAGCAUCUUAUGAAAAAUUCAAGCGAGUCUAGCUACGAAAAAAGAACGAACAGCCAUAAACACGAUAAGUCACAGCAGUUUGAUUACGAUAGAUUGAAUAGUAAAACUUACAAAACGAAAGUUGUCACUUCAGAAUAUACAGAUCCUUUAGUGGACGAAACGAUCAAAUUUGCAAAAGAUAUAAUUCCUAUAACUAUACCACCCAGUACUAAUAUAGAUAACCCUUGUUAUUACACAGUUAAGGCAUAUAAAAAAACAAAAAGGAAACAUGAACCUCAAGAGUAUAUAGAAUGCCCUAGAAAUACAAUGAAUGAAAAAGAAAAAUCUAAGCAUACUUUGAAUGUAAAGCACAGAAAAUGUUCGAGAAACAAGAGUAGCCAGAGCCCUACAUCAGUUACUCACUUUUCGGAAAAUAAUACAAUAGAUGAUAUUAAUGAAAACCAAUCAUCAUUCACCUAUUCUUUCUCCGAAAUGUCAGAUGAUAAGCAAAAAAAGGAAGAAUUUGCAGAAAAAAAUAAGAAACACAACGUAAAAAAUACGAAAUUAGUAGCUUCAGAGUCUUUUGAAGCUAUCGCUACUGAAUACAUAAAUUCAUUAGCUGAGUCAAAGAGUAAAGUUCCUCUUAUGAAUGAUAAGGAUAAACAUUCACUAUGUGAAAAUAUACGCUCACCGGUAUUAAAGGCUAUUAAAGAACGCUUUGACGAAUUGAUUAACCAGAACGACCGAAAUACGGAGAUGCAAAAUGUCAACAAAGUAUUAAGGUGCCAUGCGAAAAAGCUUGAUAAUAUUUUGGAAAAGUUAACUUGCAUUGAGAAUAAAUUAGAUUCAUUAUCGAAAUCUCAGCAGGGUCCUAAAAUAGAAGUUAUUAAAGCAUCAAAAUUAGAAGAAGUAGGUGAAGACAAUGAAUAUUUAAGAGAAGAAAGUUCUGAGGAAGAAUUGGCAUGCGUUAAUUUGUCAUCAAAAUCACGGGGAAAAAGCACACCCGUUAUAUAUAUGUACAGUGAAAAAGAUGCUGAAAGAGAUAUUCAAAGUGUCGAUAAUUUAGCGAGAGGAGAGAAUGUUCCAGAAUAUUUAAGACCCUCCACGUCACAAUUAGGCAUUAAGCCUGAGCGAACAAAUAGAAUUCCAGCUAGAUUUUGUUGGACUGAUACUGGCAUGAAAUAAUAUGUACCUAUUUUUUAU